GCAUUCCGUCACCCCAGGCCCACGCUCUCCAGCCCACAGCCCUCCUCUGGACGCCGCGAGUGGAAGACAGCCGGGAACUGAGAAGCCGUACUCUGGGCAGGGUGGGGGGCCUGGGGGCUGGAGUCCGAGCCCCUCCGAGAGGAGCCGCCCGGCCCCGCCCCCCGGCGCCGCCAUUGGCCGCGGCGGAGCGGCUGUACCCGCAGCUCGGUGCGCUCCGCAGCUCCUCUCCGGGAAGGUCCCCACUUGACAGCUCUGGGCGACCGGAGGCGGCGCCCAGAGGCUGCCCGGGAGACCGGAGCUGGGCUGGCGGGGGCCAGGUCCCCGCGCCCUCUCGGCCGCUCACUCUCGCGGCCACUCCCUCGCAGCCACGCCGAGCGCGCACUCCCACUCCCUCUCCGCGCACGGCUGCGGGGCGCGAUGGACGCGGCACUGCUCCACAGCCUGCUGGAGGUUAACUGCAGCCUGGCGCUGGCCGAAGAGCUGCUCUUGGACGGCUGGGGGCCACCCCUGGACCCCGAGGGUCCCUACUCCUACUGCAACACGACCUUGGACCAGAUCGGAACGUGCUGGCCCCGCAGCGCUGCCGGAGCCCUCGUGGAGAGGCCGUGCCCCGAGUACUUCAACGGCGUCAAGUACAACACGACCCGGAAUGCCUAUCGGGAAUGCUUGGAGAAUGGGACGUGGGCCUCAAAGAUCAACUACUCACAGUGUGAGCCCAUUUUGGAUGACAAGCAGAGGAAGUACGACCUGCACUACCGCGUCGCCCUUGUCGUCAACUACCUGGGCCACUGCGUAUCUGUGGCAGCCCUGGUGGCUGCCUUCCUGCUUUUCCUGGCCCUGCGGAGCAUCCGCUGUCUGCGGAAUGUGAUUCACUGGAACCUCAUCACCACCUUUAUCCUGCGAAAUGUCAUGUGGUUCCUGCUGCAGCUCAUCGACCAUGAAGUGCACGAGAGCAAUGAGGUCUGGUGCCGCUGCAUCACCACCAUCUUCAACUACUUCGUGGUGACCAACUUCUUCUGGAUGUUUGUGGAAGGCUGCUACCUGCACACGGCCAUCGUCAUGACCUACUCCACCGAGCGCCUGCGCAAGUGGCUCUUCCUCUUCAUCGGAUGGUGCAUCCCCUGUCCCAUCAUCAUCGCCUGGGCCAUCAGCAAGCUCUACUAUGAGAAUGAACAGUGCUGGUUUGGCAAGGAGCCUGGUGACCUGGUGGACUACAUCUACCAAGGCCCUAUCAUUCUCGUGCUCCUGAUCAAUUUCAUAUUUCUGUUCAACAUCGUCAGGAUCCUAAUGACAAAGUUACGCGCGUCCACCACAUCCGAGACAAUCCAGUACAGGAAGGCGGUGAAGGCCACCCUGGUGCUCCUGCCCCUCCUGGGCAUCACCUACAUACUCUUCUUUGUCAAUCCCGGGGAGGACGACCUGUCGCAGAUCGUGUUCAUCUAUUUCAACUCCUUCCUGCAGUCGUUCCAGGGUUUCUUCGUGUCUGUCUUCUACUGCUUCUUCAAUGGAGAGAGCUGGAUGAGCAGGGAAGCCCAGGCUGCAGGGCCUCAUGGAAGAGAGAAGCCAGAGCAAAGGCAGUGACAGGAGGAAGCUUCCAGAAAGAGAUGUGUAUCAUGCAAUCAGGUGCGCUCGGCUGUGAGGAAGAGGUGGCACCGCUGGCAGGACCAUCACUCCCUUCGAGUCCCCGUGGCCCGGGCCAUGUCCAUCCCUACAUCACCCACACGGAUCAGCUUCCACAGCAUCAAGCAGACGGCCGCCGUGUGACCCCUCGGUCGCCCACCUAUGCAGUUCCCCCGUCCUUCACUUUCUUCCUCUGGGUUCUCCUUGCUGGGCAGGCUCUGGUGGGGCAGGAAAUGGGAGGGGAGAGACCAGCUCUCCAGCUUGGCAGGAAAGAAGGGGUGCGGCAGCCAAGGGGGACUCCAAGGGACAGGGACCAGUGGGGGCUGCCAGGUUCAGUGCGAGAGGGAGCAGAGGGAAUUCACGGGACCCCCUGAGAAGAGCCGGUCAAAUGUCUGCAGGCAUUUGCCCAUCCCAGCCUCUCUGGCCAGAGCCUCACUGUAGAGAGGGAACUGAGGCCCAGAGCAGACAAGGGCCUGUCCAACACACGCAGCUAUUUAUAGUGGCAGACACGGGGCUCCCCUGCCCUACUCACGGUGCCAGCAGUCAGGUGACGGUGUGGCCCUGCGCCAGCCCUUGGCCGCCACACUCGCUGGUGCCCCUGCAGCUGGGUGCGGUAUGCCAACUGGAGCAAAGGAUCAGUUUGGCUGCCUUAUCCCAGGCGCUGUCACCUAGAGAGGCUCACUUGUGCCCCACCCUUGUUCCUCUGUCCACUCCCCAGCCAUCCUCCCGCCUCAGGGGCUCCAUGAAGGAUGCGGGCUUCCAGGCCUGGCUUCCUCUCUUGGGAGACCCCUUCUCUGCCUAUUCCGCAGAUUAGGGAAUCGAGGAAGACGCCAUCAGGGCAGCCCCAUUCUUAGGUCAACCAGUUGCAUCGUGCGGGGCAAAACGAGGAGCAGAGGCAUGGAGGAUGGAGGCAUGGGAUGGGAAUAGCGGAAACCAACUAUGUCUUCGGUGAUUGAAACUCACACCCCAUUGCCCUUCACCCUCCAGCCUCCCCUUCAGAAACAUCUCUGCUCUCUGUGAAAUAAACCAUGCCUCUUGGAAAUGGCCUCCCCUCAGGUCAAGUCACCCAGGCAUCCAAAGAGUGGUGUGGGCCAAGGAUUGUGGCUGGGUCUGAGGGGCCACAUCCAUCUUCCUUAGUGGACUCGGGCCCUGGCCUCAGGCCAGUUCUCUCUCUCUCUGACCUCUGGUAGGUUUGGAGUCUUUAUAGUCAAAGCACCUGCAGGCAGGUCUGUCCCUUAUCACUCCAACCAGGCUAAUACCUGGCCCCAGCCCCCAACCAAGGGCAGUUUGGUUCAGCCUGGAGGAGGUGUGCAGCUCAUCCAGCAAGCCAGGGCCUGUCCCAAAGGCCAAGGCUCUGGAAUUUGGUGGGAAGGGUAGACAAGGCCCCUCAGUCGACCACCGGGGCAGCUUCCGGGCUUGGCUUCCGUCCCUAUGUCCCUGCAGCGGAGCCACAGGAGUCAGGGAGGGAGAAGCAUCAGGCCAUUGCUUCUAAAAGGAACCAAUGCUCUAGGUACCCCUACAAAAAUAAAUUUUGAAAAACCAUGUAUUCCAUCUUGCACAUUUUUAAGUUGACAUGUAGUAUUUUUUACUUAAGCUUUAAAACCUUCAAAGGUGUGAUUUCUGUCAUUUUGUAAAUAUUUACAUCUUUAAAUAAAACUGCUGCAACACUUUAAAAUA